AUGCGGGCUUCCAGUCUUGAUAGAUCAAGCCGAAGCUCAUUCCGUGCAGACAGUGAAAUAAAUCGCGUUGAAGUGCCUUCUCUAAAGAAUUUGUGUCUAGAUGUUAUUGCCAAAAACUUUGAUUUAUUUAUCACAAAGUGCCCACGUUGUGACGAGGAAAAGUACCGCUGGCGAGUUCCUCGCCCCGAAAGUUCCAUCAUAUCGCCGAUUGCAGAUAUGAUUUUCAAGGAACUAGGCGAAAGGAGACUAUUGAAAUGGAAAUACUUAUCCUUAUUUUCAACGCGUAUUAAUGUUGCUGAUGUAACGGGUAUAGAUCUGGACGAUUUAGCAGGCAGUUUGAGUGAUGGCACAAUUAAGAGCCUUCACACACUCAAACUGUAUAGGCUGCCUAUGAAGAUGGUGACAAAAUUGUCGGACAUGAGAGCUUUGGGACAACUUCAAAAUUUGCAGUACCUGGAUAUCCGUUGUAUGCCAUUGGACAGUGAAGGUUUAAGCAUUUUGGUGAAAAAUCUUCGAUUGAAGCACCUUGAUAUAACGGAAACCAUGGUCGAUGAUAUAAGCUGCUUGACGGUGUUGAGAAAUCACCUCAAUGUGCUCAUAAUGCAUCAGCUUGACGUAGGACAAGACGACUGCUUCAAUCAGAUGCUUUUAACAAUUUUAGAAUUAAAGGAACUCCGUCAGCUUGAUGUAUCAAAUCUCUCAUACAGCUCACCAUCACGGGUUGAAGCAGUGGACGCACUACUUGAACCCGAACAGCUUCCACAUCUGGUGCAUUUGGAAAUGAGUGGCAAUCCAUUUCAAUGUACUCUCAGAGAUCUUCAUAUACUAAUCAGGAAUAAGAAGAAUUUGAAAUACCUUGGGGUUGCCGAAUUUUCGAAAGAAUUGUUGCCUGAUGAAUAUGCAGUAGGGAGACUUGCAACCAAAUAUUCGCACAUUGAGGUGAGAAGCAAACACGGUCUUUUUGACAUUACCGCUUGGUUAAAUAAAGAUCUCUUCUUCCAGAUAAUCGGCGGAUUGAGCGAGACAGAGGUGAUGAAAAGAUUGGAAACGUUCCUGAAAACUCGAGAUAUACUCUUCAAUGGUACCUUAGUGCAACUUGCUACUGCAAUAGAACAUGGGCAUUACCUCCCGCCUAGUCUAUUUGAAAAAAUAAUGGACAUUUUGGAAAAGGACUUUGAAGAACGCUAUGAAUUGCAUAAGGCAGUGGUUCUUGCGAUAUGCGCAAGGCUAGUAGAGACCGAUUGUGAAGAUAUUCCCUCUGGACUUCUGCAGAGAAUGCUCAAUUACACACAAUUAAUAAUUGAAGAGGAGUUGGGAUGUAAUUCUUAUAUUUGCAGCAGUAGCAUUAGCCGUAACAGUAGUGAUUCCAGUGAAUCCAACGAUUGUGAUGAAAAGCUAGAUAGUCAACUUGAAGCUUUGGUUAGUGCCGAUAGUGUCAUUCGGAGUACCGAUGCUGACAAUGAUUUUGAUGAAGAAGUGACUGGAGGUGGUAUCAAUGGUUUUGGCAGUGUGGAUGAGGAUGGUGAUGAUAUUGACAUUAAUUAUCUCUACGUAACCUAUUGUCUCAAAAGUUUAAGAAUGUUCUAUUGCCUCGGCCGAGUCGUACUCGAUAAUAUCAGAAUUUGUAGAGGCAUUUUUAAAAGCCUCCAAUAUGUCAGGAGUUCGACUGUGAAAACAUGCGCUUUAUUACUUCUGAGUGUAGUCUUUGAUCGAGUGAGUGAACUGUUUUAUCAGUUUGAGAGCAAGUGUCAUAAAGAGUUGUCUCCGAGCGAAUGGGAAGAAAUCUGUUCGGAAAUCUCGUACGUUCAGAGUUUGAUCCAGUGUGCAGCUGAAACUUACAUUAGUAGAUAUGAGAUGGAAGAAUGGUUGGCAGUACAUGGCGUCAACAACUUUCCCUAUCUUCGUCAAUUUUAUGAAAUAAACAUCGGUGAUUUUGACGUUCUUGGAACUUUGAAGGAAUUUAUUAGUAAAAGAUAUCAAGUGUGUGAAAACUUUGUCAAUUCGGGUGGUUUGGAAGUAUGCGAGUUAAUAUUAGAGAACUUGGAUGCGACCAACACUUCACCUGAAGAUGAAGCCUGCCUUAGAGAAAUAUUGCAAAUUCCAAGGUCAUAUGGUCUUUUUGAUGCUUAA